UUUCCAUUAUUACAGGUGGGUAACAAUCUCUGUUUCUACUUUGGCCCUCAGGGCAUCCCUACUUCCAGUACUUAUUUUGCAGCUCAAGAAGAUGGCAAAAUUUGGGGCAUUGUUACCCAGAUAAGUGCCGCCUCCAUUUCCACCUCCCCGGUCAGAAAGGAGUUUUCGAGAACAAUAUCAGUUAUUUCAUAUGAAAAGAAGGGAACUUGGUUGUCCCUCAUAUUUGUGGAACUUUGCAUUCUUUACAGCCCAGUUCCCAUGCUUUUUGCUAUGGAUGAGCAGCAUUCGGAGGAUGUGUUUAGAUCAUCACCCUGGCUUUGAUAGUGGCGGUGCUCUGUGGUUCCUAAAUUUGACUGAUUAUCCAAGUGGUAUUAUGUGCUUUACUUUCCCUACCUUGAUUGCUGGUUUGCAUUACAUAAAUGUUCAGAUAUCUUUUCGAACAAUCAAAAUUGCAAAUCUGCAAGGAGUUUUAGGUUUGUUGGCAAAAUUCUACAAAUUGUAUCUGGAUAUUCUAUCAAUUCCACUGUUCCUUGUUGGGUUUUAUAUUCCCCAGGGAAGUUUGGUUUAUUGGGUGACCAACAGUUCAUUGACUUUAAUACAGCAAUUGUGUUUAAAAAAUCCAAAUGUUCGAAAUCAAUUGGGUUUGCCGAAUUUAAUGGAGCCGGUGAAGAACAGAGUUGCUACAGAAAACGACCAUAAUAGUGCUGCAGAUUCUGAGGUCUUAAUUCCUAUAGAAGCUGUACCUCCUAAGAAGCUGCUCGAGCUUGCUCUCAAGGACAUGGCAGCCGGUGAUCAAGAUAAAGCACUUAUUCUGUUGCGAACAACAAUUGAGAAAGAUCCUGAACUAGUACAAGCAUUGGUUGCCAUAGGACAGAUUCUGUGCUCUAAGAAGUUAUUUGAAGAAGCAGCUGAAAAUUUUGAACUUGCCAUCCAUAAGCUCUCAUAUAUUAAAGAGGAGGAAAUUGGCCUUCUACUUCUUUCACUUUUUGGGGCUGGAGUUUCGAGGAUAUGGGAGGGAAAAAACUCAGAUGGGAUAGAACACCUGAAGAAGAUUGCAGAGUUGAGGGAGCCAGAUAGUCCGAUGGACAAAGCCUGCUAUUAUAGGGGGUUGGUGAUGUUGGGAAGCACUCUAUUCCAAUUGGGUGAAAAGUCUGAGGCUGCAAAAUAUUUGCGCAUAGCAGCUACGUAUGAUCCAGGUGUUAAUGCAUAUCUGAAAGAAUGUGAAGAAGGAUGAGAUCUUUAGAGAUCUUCCAGCUAGUUUUGUCAAGUUGAGGCAAAAAUCCCAGUCUUCUAAUUGAUUUAUAGCAGUCUUCAGAUAAGCAGAUGAAAGAGGGCUACAGUGGCUUUUCAUCAGGACCAUUGUUUCUCAAAUUUGAAGAGAUCUCAAGCGUUCAUUCAAAAACUUGAGGCACGUUUUUUUUUUUUUUUUAAUUUAAUUUUGAGCCUAAUCAUUAAUCCAUUGUAUAGGAAGUCAUAGCUUGCUUAACUAUCAUGCAUUUGCUUGAGGUGUAAGAGCUUCUAUGAUUGUGCAAAUAUGGAUCCUUUUCUAUUGAAUUGGUGAUAUUUAGUUUUAUA